UUGGGCGUGCCGUCGGUGGCCGACCAGUUGCACUCAGUCACCACACGGCUCUCCGAACUCAAGUUUGACCACAUCGACUACAUUUGUCUCAAGUUUCUGCUACUUCUCAAUCCAGAUGUUCGGGGUUUGGGUAACUUCAAGCUGGUACAGGAGGCCCACGAACAGGCCCAACAAGCGGUGCUCGAGUACACAAUCAACUGUUACCCGCAAAUUAACGACAAAUUCGGUCAACUGAUGGCUUUGGUGCCUGACUUGCGGGCACUGACCCUAAGGGGCGAAGAAUUUCUCUACUAUAAGCAUAUGGGCGGAAGCGCGCCGACACAGACACUGCUGAUGGAGAUGCUUCACGCCAAGAAGAAAUGACCGCAACAUCACAUCUCUCUCGCCGUUGAUUCUGUUUGAUAGACAAAAUUAUAUAUAAAUAUUAACACUUGAGAAACGACCGGAAUAUUCUUGUGUUUGAUGGCGAUCGGGAGGUCUUCGUUCCGGCCCUCCCUUUCCCAUUCUCUUCCACACAUACACAACAACACACACUCUCUGUUGGCAUUUACAGUACAUUUGUUUGAAUCAUAUGAUUAGAUGUCUGUCCAUAACAGGCGCCCCUCUCCUCCCCCAUCCAGUGCUGAACCCAUUUUACACAAAUCUAUUGCCGUAAUUAUUAUUAUUAAACACUUGAUUAUUAUUUUUUUGUUAGAAAGUGUUUAAUUCAAUGUUUUUAGCGUUUGAUUUGUUUAUUUGUUUUUUCCGACGAGUUUUUCGAUUAAUUUAUUA